GAUGCCUGUUGCUGUUCAACUCUCCUGUGAUGUUUCAUAGAGGUUUGCAGUUUUGUUUUGUCAAGGCGUUUUUGUUAGCUGAAUUGGUUUGUCAUGUUGGUUUUGUUGUCGAUUGUUUGUUUGAUACAUAAGUCUAUCGUCUAUUGUGUUUUUAUGUUUAGUAGUAGUAGCCUAUAAUUAAAUGAUUAGGUUAAAGCAGUGUUUUAUGUGGAUGUUGGUACAGUAUUGUCUUUUGUUUAAUUGUUUAGCUGUCAUUUGAAGUUGAUUGUGAUUUCAUUUGUCUCCCUGAUGAUCUGUUUGAUCAAUUAGGCCGCAGUGAGUCUGUGCUGUGUUUACCUAUAAGAAAGUAUCCCUGUUGACAUGUCUGUGUAAACUAAAAAGAAAAGUUAUAUGUUUUGUGUAACGGUUUCUCUACGAACUCACCGGCGGCGGCACUGUCCGUUUGACUCGCGCCGCUCAUUCCUCGGACACAUCUGUACAGAACGGAGCGCGAGAGGCCUGUUGUACUGAGCCAUCUAUGAGCAGAGCCCGUAAGAUACUGCAAAAACGUGGCAUUGAGAGUCUAUGGACCCGAGAUGCAUGUAAUGUCAGUUGUGAGAUGUUGGUGGAUUUGCUGCAACUGAGAGUGUCCUGGCAUGACGUGACUGAAUGACAGCUGGAUUCAGAGAUGUAGUCUGUACUCUGGUCUGUGGGCAGACUCUGAGGUCUCACUAUGCUGCUCUAUCUGCUGUUGGUCUUUCAAACGAAGGUCAAUGCCCAGAUAGACCCAGCUCAGUGUCGUUAUCCUCUCGGAAUGGAGGAUGGAAGGAUCAAAAACGAUGACAUCACUGCCUCCAGCCAGUGGUAUGAAACCACAGGCCCUCAGUAUGCAAGGUUGAACAGAGAGGAGGGUGAUGGUGCCUGGUGUCCUGCUGGUCAGCUGCAGCCCUCUGAUGUUCAGUAUCUUCAGCUGGACCUUCGUCAACUCGUCUUCCUCACCAUUGUUGCUACACAGGGUCGAUAUGCACGCAACUCCGGUAACGAGUAUGCACGCAAGUACCGUCUAGAGUACAGUCGUGAUGGACACCGAUGGAUCGCCUGGAAAAACCGUUUUGGCUAUGAGAUUAUAAUGGGCAAUGUAAACACAUAUGAUUCCGUGGUGAGAGACCUCAAUCCUCCAAUCAUCACUCGUUUCCUGAGGCUGAUUCCCGUCACUGAUGCUGUGCAAACGGUGUGUAUGAGAGUGGAGCUGUUUGGAUGCCCCUGGCUCGAUGGCCUGACUGCAUACAGCUCUCCUGAGGGUCAGACUAUGAUGGCUCCAGGCCAUCCCAUUACGCCACUCAAUGACUCCACAUAUGACGGUGCUCUAGAACGCAGAAAGCUGUCUGGGGGGCUGGGCCAGCUGACAGAUGGUGUGAUUGGUCAGGAUGAUUUUGUGCAGAGGUGGCAGAACCGUUUGUGGCCCGGAUAUGACUACGUGGGUUGGAGGAACGACAGCUUGAGCCCUGGAUAUGUGGAGAUGGAAUUUCAGUUUGACAGACAACGAAACUUCACUUCUAUGAAGGUUCACAGUAAUAACAUGUUCUCUCGUGGUGUGAAGAUCUUUGCAUCUGUGUCGUGUGUGUUUAAAGCACACCUCAUCUCAGAGUGGGAACCGGAGACGGUGGAAUUCCAUACCGUCCUAGACGACCGGAACCCAAGCGCUCGCUAUGUGACCGUUCCGUUAAAGCACAGAACGGCUGCGGCUCUGCGCUGCCGUUUCUACUUUGCCGACACUUGGAUGAUGUUCAGUGAAAUCUCAUUCCAGUCUGCAACUAAUGUUCUUCCUACUCAGAGGCCCCCAGUGUUUACUCCUCCUUUAUAUGUGUCUAACAGCAAUGCACAAUAUACUACACAAAAAACAGAGGACAGGACAACAACAUCAAAGACAGGUUUCCCUGAAGAGGGCAGAACACCGAUUCUGAUUGGCUGUCUCGUGACUAUUAUUCUCCUGUUGGUGGUGAUCAUCUUUCUGAUUCUCUGGUGCCAAUAUGUGUGCAAAGUCCUGGAGAAAGCUCCAAGGCGUAUUUUGGAGGAGGAGGUGACCGUCCGUCUUUCCUCCUGCAGUGACACUAUAAUCCUGCAGACUCCCCCAGUGCCCCCCCGCAUCUCCCUCGACCCUCCGUAUGAGAGAAUCUUCCUGCUGGACCCCCAGUAUCAGGAUCCCGCUGCGCUCAGGAACAAACUGCCCGAGCUGUCUCAAAGCGCAGAGGACUCUGCCUGUAGCGGAGGUUACGCUGAGCCAGAUGUGACUCUGUGCACCCCACACCAGUGUUUUCAGAGCAGUGUGCCUCACUAUGCUGAAACUGAUAUCAUAAGCCUGCAGGGAGUCACUGGCAGCAAUAUGUACGCCGUUCCUGCUCUCACUGUCGAUUCCCUCACGAGGAAGGACAUUUCUGUGGCCGAGUUCCCUCGACAGAGACUGCUGUUCAGAGAGAAAUUGGGAGAAGGCCAGUUUGGGGAGGUACACCUGUGUGAGGCAGAGGGUUUGGCUGAGUUUCUGGGGGAAGGUGCCCCGUUACCUGAGCAAGAUGGCAGGUCUGUGCUGGUAGCAGUUAAACAGCUCAGAGCGGAUGCCACCAGCAAUGCCAGGAAUGACUUCCUGAAGGAGAUUAAGAUCAUGUCUCGUCUGAAUAACCCGAACAUCAUUCAGCUGCUGUGUGUGUGUGUGAGCGCAGAUCCUCUCUGCAUGGUGACUGAGUACAUGGAGAACGGAGACCUCAACAUGUUCCUGUCCCAGAGAGAAAUAGAGAGCACGCUCACAUAUGCCAACAACAUUCCAUCUGUCAGCAUUGCUGAUCUGUUGCACAUGUCGGUGCAGAUCUCUUCUGGGAUGAAGUAUUUGGCUUCUCUGAACUUUGUCCAUCGUGAUCUGGCCACUCGUAACUGUCUCCUGGAUCGACAUCUCACCAUAAAGAUCUCUGAUUUCGGCAUGAGCAGAAACUUGUACAGUAGUGAUUACUAUCGUAUACAGGGCCGCGCUGUACUGCCUAUACGCUGGAUGGCCUGGGAGAGCAUCCUACUGGGGAAGUUCACAACAGCGAGUGAUGUGUGGGCAUUUGGAGUAACUCUCUGGGAGAUCUUCACUUUAUGUAAAGAGCAACCCUACAGCUUGCUGUCUGAUGAACAGGUCAUUGAGAACACCGGAGAGUUCUUCAGAAACCAGGGGAGACAGAUUUUUCUCUCUGCACCACCGCUCUGCCCAUCCUCUCUGUUUGAGCUGAUGAUGCAUUGCUGGAGUCGUGACAUCACUGAUCGGCCCUCUUUUCACAGUUUGUAUCAGGCCCUGCGAACUUUUGUACCCCAUUCAUGACUGACACCUGCUCUACUUAACCUGGAGGAGAAUUGUUACCAUGAUGAUACGUCUGGAAGUAUUCUGACGGCUCUUCCUGUAGACAUUCAGUGAAGUGGAGCCAGAACAUUAUAGCCACAAUGUAGCGUCAUCAGAGCGUUAGGAAUCCAAUGGAGGAGAGAUCUAAAGAUGAUGAGAUUUUACCAAAGGCAUUUAUUCAUGAAUGAAUCUCCAUUGGGACUCAAAGACAUCUUUCCAAUCUAUAGACACUUUUUUUCAUUUGUCCUUUAUGUCUUUAUUAAAAAUGUAUUUUUGUCAUUUCGUUGUUAUAUUCUUUGUCAAGAAGAACAGUGACUCCUGAGCCUACUGUAUAUUCUAGGCGUAAAGAACCAACUGGAGGAAUGUUGUAUUUGUCAGAACUGUGUUUGUGUAUCGUUAAGCACUGCUGUCUUUGUUAUUUUCUGUUUUAUUUCGUUCACAGCAAAAAAACAACAAAAAAAAUCAUAUUCUAAAUUAGUAUUUGUCUUGCUUUGCUGAAUAUCUAAACAUCCUUAAAACAAGAUACAUUUACUUAAGAAGCAAAAUGGCAUAAGUUAGAAUUCUAACAAAAAUUGGGAAGGCUGACACUUAAAAUAAGAAAAAACUACUUGCCAAUGGGGUAUGAAAAAUAAACCUGUUUUCCCUUUGAAAUGAGUAUUUCUCUUAAAACAUAAUAUCAUUUUAAAUCUGUCUAGUUUUAAGGAUGUUUCGAAAUUUUUACUAGAAAACAAGACCAAAUUACUGAUUUAGAAGGUGAUUUUUUGCGGUAUUUGUCCUAUUUUCGUUCCUUAUUUACCCCCACACUGGAGAUAUGUCUUGAUUAUUCUGAAUAUGUGGAUAGUAUGAUAUUAAGUGUUUUGCUUUCUGAAUAUGAAUGUUAUUUUACAGGUUCUUUGGAGAUAGCCGGGCUGGAGACUUGCUCUGCCUGGACCUAGCAGAACUACUGUUAUAGUUAGAUUAAAAACCCUUUCAGAGGCGAGAGGAGAGGGUUAUAGAGCCAACAAUGGACUGGCGUGCAAUUGAAUGCACUGUUUCCUUCCCCCAACUUAUAACAGGCCACUUUAAAGUCAACAUGAAAUCAAAAUCCAACCCUCUUUACUUUCUUGAUACAUUUUCUUGGUCUUAAUAUGCACGAUUUAUCAUUCCAAAGAAAAGGUUUGUCUGAAUUUUUCAUCGAAACAAAAAGAACUUGCUCUGCUUCUAAAAUAACUUUUCUUUUCGGCUGUCUUAUUGGUUAAUGUUAAUGAAUCACCAAGUAGAUAUUUUGGCAUUGUUUUAAGCUAUUGUUGUAGGCAAUACAUCUUUUUCUGUGUUUUUUUUUUUUUUUUUUAAUCUUGCCAGUAGUUAAUGCAGUAAUUUAAUGUUGUAAAUUAAUGUGAUAAAUAUUAACAUAACAUUGCAAAUAACAAUGGAUUUUGAAAAAGAAGCAUAACGAUUGGGAUUAGUCAAAGGUGUUUAUUUUUUUUUAAAUAUGUCGCAUUUUGGAAAUAAAAUGGGUUGCGAAUGCAUUUCAUGCUGACUUCAUUAUUCAGCAAAAAUGGCAAUACUUUGACCCAACAGCCAGACAAACUCAACUCAAUUGCAUAGGAAACUCUACAACCCCUCAAUGUUGGCAUACAGUUCUACGAUUACAUUGUUGGUGAAUCUCGAUGAAUUAAGUCUGUCUGAGGAUGAAAUACUGGCCCAAUUAAAUUGAAAAAGAGAUUCAUUUUAUCUUGAUCUCUGUACAAGGCACAUUAUGGGGGAGAGAGGGGGAUUUAUUCAAGGUUACAUUUAUUUAAAGCACAUCUUUUUAAUCCACUUUAAUGUUUUAUAAAACUGUUUAAUGUCUUGUAAUAUUUUUAGCAAACAUUUCUGAAAGUAUACGAGACUUGCACCAAAAAAAAAAAGAAAAAAGAAAAAAAAACUUAAAAUGAUGUAGUGGACUAUGAUUUAACCAAGACCUAAUAUUUCCCUCUUUUUCCAUCAGCUUCUAUUAGUUUCUACAGCAUUCCUUUUCCAUACUUUGUGUUUACUGUAUUUCAGAAAUUGUCUUAAAAUGUACAGAAGUUUUAUUGUUUGGCUGCUGAGAGGUUUCGGCUAUGCAGGAUGUUUGAAAGUCCUCCAGUAGCGCUGGGAUUUAGAUUGAACGUUGGUGAAUGGAAAACCACAAAAAAAAAAACUUAUUCUCCCAGAAGCCUUUGCUGAAGUGAGCCUGAGACAGUUUCUGUUGUCACUUAUCACAGUUUGCUUUUCAGAACAUAUACAGUACUAUAGAGACCAAGACGUGUGUGUGUGUGUGUGUGUGAAUAAUACUUUGAGUGUGAUUGUAUGUGCGUCUUUUUUUACGUGAAAUGAACUUUUAUCAAAUAGCACGCAAUAAUGGUCUUUCGUUCAAUCAACUCUUCAUGUGUCCUUCAUGUACAUUGCAUAAACAGAGUAGAUACUUUAUGUAUAGUAAUAUAUUGGGGACCAAGGAAGACUUGUUUUCUUUUAUCUUUUUUCUUAUUUUCCAUAUUAAAUAUCAAAUUUGCUGUAACACGA